AUGGUACAAAGCAAAGAACACUUUCGGAAACGGACUCUGGACUUUAGCGAUAAAUAUCGCAAUUUGGAAAAAUUUACAACCGAUGUAGAACAUUUCCUGGAACAGUACAAUAUGGUGGUCGAACACAGAGGCGUGUAUCGACGGAAUUAUCAACGUCACCUGCGGGAAAUCGAAAGUAAUUUGAUGCUAUUACUCUCCAAGUUCAAUCAAACAGACCAUGAAAAGUCUCAUAAUCAAUUGUUCAAGGAAUUAUUCUGCUGCGGGACUCUUUUCGAAAACACCAACGAGCUCAGAGAACACUACUUUCGAUACCAUUACACGCCGCGUCUGGUGCAUCCAAAUAUUGUGGAGUUGGAAUCUGGUCAUGGUAAACUGGAACAUUUCCGCAAUCGUUUGCAGGAGUAUCUCGAUUACGGCACAGAACACUCUGCAGUGUUACUGGUUAACAUUAAGAAAUUAUUGAAGAAUAUACACCUUACCUGGCAUAUUGAUGAACUUUCCAAAAACAGUAAGACGGAAAAACCUGAUUAUCUAAUCUAUGGCUGGCGAGAGUAUCGACCAAAGCAAUAG